AUGUCUUCAGGAUUUGUCUCCGCGGGGACAGAUCAAGAGCCCGUCGAGCGUGAUGACGAAUGGCUCCGAGUCCAGAAGGAACUCGAGGAGGAACGAAGACGAAAGGCAGAACUGGGGAAGCAGGAAGGCGGCAAAAGCUUGUAUGAUGUCUUGCAGCAAAACAAAAUGGCCAAACAGGAAGCAUUCGAAGAAAAAAUAAAGUUGAAGAACCAAUUCCGCGCCCUCGAUGACGACGAAGUCGACUUUCUCGAUUCGAUAUUGGAGUCUACUAGAGCCCAGGAAGCCACCGUGAAGAAGGAGACGGCCGAGCAACUGGAGGCAUUCCGACGCCAACGAGAGGAGGCAGAGAAGGCCCAUCUUGAAGACGCAUCAAAAGAUAUCCCACCGGCAGCUGAAGCAGAAGACUGGAAGAUUGCCUCCCGCAAGAGACGACGCGACAAAAGCGGUGCGACGCUUAUCCCAGGCCGGAAGCGAAAGUCGGUGGGUAACGAUACUGCUGAUACUUUUACGAAAGAGGCGGGCACAAAUAAAAGGACCAAGGAACUGGUUGAGGAGAAGAAGGAUGCGGCUGCUUCAGCCACAGAGAAGCCUGCAACGAAGAAGCUGGGCAAUGACACCAAAGACGUGCAAGGGACACCGGCCCAACAGCCCGCGAAGCCAGCAGUAAAUCCACCCGCGCCAUCACUUGGCUUGGCUGGCUAUAGCUCAGAUUCAGAGUGA